GGUGGUGUAUAUAUAGAGUGUGUAGAAGAGAAUUAGAGAAGGGCUUUGUAGAAAGUUUGUUUCUUUUAUUUGAAGCUGUGACUCACAUCCACAUUUACAGAUAAAAGAUAAAACAGAGAGAGAAUGGAGAGAGAGAGUGAAUUGAAAACAUCAAAGUUUAAGACGAUUUGCGUCUUCUGUGGGAGUAGCCAAGGCAACAAAGUUAGCUAUCAAGAAGCUGCGAUUGAACUCGGCAACGUUUUGGUUGCAAGGAGCAUUGAUUUAGUGUAUGGAGGAGGCAGCAUAGGCCUAAUGGGGCUGGUUUCUCAGGCUGUCUACGACGGCGGCUGCCACGUCACUGGAGUGAUUCCCAAGACGCUCAUGCCUCGAGAGUUAACUGGACAAACAGUAGGCAAAGUGAAGGCAGUUGCAGACAUGCAUCAAAGGAAGGCAGAAAUGGCCAAGCAUUCUGAUGCUUUUAUUGCCUUACCAGGUUUGCCACUAUCAAUUCCAUUAUUUGAAAUUGUUUUGUCUUCCAUCAUUGAUCAACCAAUUGAUUAUUGGACAGGUGGUUAUGGAACUCUGGAGGAACUGCUUGAAGUCAUAACAUGGGCUCAGCUCGGGAUCCAUGACAAGCCGGUCGGUUUGCUGAACGUGGAUGGAUACUACAACUCGCUGCUCUCAUUCAUCGACAAAGCAGUCGAGGAAGGCUUCAUCAGCCCCAAUGCUCGCCACAUCAUUGUGUCUGCACCAACAGCCAAAGAGCUUGUGAAGAAGCUAGAGGAAUACGUUCCACGCCACGAGAGAGUAGCUUCGAAACUGAGCUGGGAGAUAGAGCAGCAGCUAGGCUACUCCCAGAGUUAUGAUAUUGCCAGAUGACUUCUUCUCACCAUAACACAGAUUUUCAUCUUGGAAUUAGGCCAUGGAAGAAGCUAACUUGGAGUUUUUGCAAAUCUUUAUUUAUCUAAGGUUACUUUUGUAAAUUUCAUGGGAUCUUAGUUACUUAUUUUAUUUGCCUAAUUAGUUUGGUUUGCAAAGGUUGUAACUAGUAACUACUACUAUGACAUUGUGUAAGACUCUAUCUAAUGUGACCUUACUGGUAUUAUUCUA